AUGAAACUAUUCCCUUCUUCCUCACCAAACUUGGCUUCUAUCCACUCGUACUUGGGAUUCUUUGGCUUCAACUACACCACGCCACAUUACGGUUUAAAGAUAAUAACAUACUGUUCGACUCCGAAUACUGCAAACGCAGUUGCAACUCCUCCGCAAAACUCGUUCCCAUUAAAGGAAUUGCACCACCACUCCGUUUCCACCUCAUCAGUUCAGCUGCCCUUUGCCCCUUUGCUUGAAGGACAAACUCCAAAUCUUCAGUACAACUAUAAAGGAAAUCGACUAAGCCGUUGGCAAAACCCCCAAGGAAUACUGGAGAGACUGAAUUCCAACCUU